AUGAGAGAAACACAGAAUGCCAUGUGCUUGAUUGUCCAGGUCUUCACGCUUGAGGUGUGUCUGCGCGUGUUCUCGGCGCCCUCGAAGUAUGCCUACAUCCGGGACCUCUACAACUGGGCCGAUAUGGUGUGCUGCGUGGGCCUUUUUCUUCGCAUAGGCAUUGGCUUUAUAACAUGGCACCACGACAGACCUGUUGAGAUCUUCCUGCUCUUUGUGCUGCCAGUGCUGCGUCUGCUGAAGCUACUGAGAUACUUCGAGUCCUUCAGGAUCCUCGUGGAUGCCGCGAGCAACGUCAUCGCCUCCCUUCCUGUGUUGCUCUACGUGAUGCUCUUGCUGGUGAUCAUCUCCUCCAACGCGAUCUUCCUAGCCGAGUCGAGGGAGAACAUCCCGAGCCUCCAGCACUCCGUUUGGUUGGCCGUGGUCACCAUGACGACGGUGGGUUAUGGCGAUUUCGCGCCGCAGUCUUUGCCUGGCUACAUUGUCGUCUCCUUCUUGUCGGUGGUCAGCGUGAUCUUCUUCGCCCUCCCAGUUGGUAUUCUGGGUCACGAGUUCACCUUCUGCUGGCAAAGCCGCGAGCAGGUGCUCCUGCUCGCGCGAGCGCGAAGAGCUUUCGCGAAGUGGGGAUACACCGCUUCCGACAUGAAGACCCUCUUCGAGUUUGCGGACCAGGAUGGCGAUGGCAGCCUGAACCUCCUUGAGUUCUACGAGUUGCUGCACCAGCUACGGUUGGGGCUGGACGAGCGGAGCCUGGUCGACCUGUUCAUGAUGGUGGACCGGGAUGGCAGCGGGAGUGUGGAUGGGAUGGAGCUCCUGGCCAAAAUCUUCCCGGAGGAGGUCCACAAAGACUCCGACCAGUUUGACGACAGCAUUGACGCUUAG